AUGUGGGAGCCCAACGAACAGUUACUUUUGCGAGCAGCUGUUCGUUACAAAAAACAUGAAGGCACCUUGUUUGUUACUCCUCGUCGAGUGGCUUGGCAACAGCAAGGCUCUUCUCAGUUAACACCUUCCAUCUACUACAAUGAUAUUGGUGGUCUGGCUCAAACACCCGAAUCCUCGCCAAAAGUAUUAUUGAAGAUUUCAGCAAAACCGCCCGUAUCGAAAGACUAUACAUUUCAAUUUACUUCGGCAAAGAAUAUACAAGAAAGGGAAUCAAUCAAAGCACAAAUUGCAGAACUACUAGCUCGAGCGCGAGGCCUUAGCUCUUCUUCAGCUAUAGGAACACCAGCGCCGAUUACACCUUCAUCCGUAGCAGCUUCACCGUCUCCAUCGACACCGCAGACAGCAACGGCAUCACCUGCGCCGCCCUUAUUGCAACAACAAGCAGCUGCCAACAUCAGACCUUCGACUCCACUGAAUAACACGCCUUCGCCCAGCACGAAUGGAGCAAGCCCUAAAUCAUGGAGACAAGAGGAGUUUGCAGACCGAAGAGCUUUGCUUACAUCAAGCAAAGAAUUACAGACAUUACACAAAGAGUUGGUUGUUGUUGGAAGAAGUGUGGAUGAGGAAGAGUUUUGGUCUAGUCCGUAUGUCAAACGUAUUCGACAGAAAUUGAAAAAAGAUGCCGUGUCGAGAGAAGGUAGACAGAAGGGCAAAUCUUCUCGUAUGGUAGAGUUGAAGCCAGGUCAACAAGAGGGAUCAGACAUCAAGUAUACUUUGACGAGCCAGAUCAUACACAACAUCUUUACCGAGUUCCCAUCAGUGAAACGAGCCUACGACACCAAUGUACCUGACAAGAUGACAGAGCAAUCAUUUUGGAAACGGUUUUUAGCGUCAGAAUUCUUUCACAGAUCUCGUACAGGUGGAAGAUCUCAGUUGACGCCUUACGACGACAUUUUCGAUAGGUGUUUGCAGGAAGAAGAUGAUGAAAACUCCAAACCACCACCCAUGUCUCGCAUGGACAAGAUUCGAUUUGAUUUGGAUUUGUCUGCUACAGCUGAAGAUCACUUAGAAAGUGGAAAUGCACCGGAUUUUACAAUGAAGGCUGGUAGAGAAGCGCAGUCGUUGCCUUUGAUUCGUCGAUUCAAUAAGCAUUCAUCCAGAGUACUUGAAACAGCACCAUCGAAAAACAAACGACCCGAACCUACAUUUGAAGAUGAAAUUCAAAAAGACAUCAUCAUUACAGACCUACUGGAUGAAAAACCGCCCGAGAAGAUUAUUCUAGACAUCCAAGAUACCAGACGCUAUUUCGAAAGUCAAACAGGAGGAUUAGACGAGAUGAAGUUGAGCGAGAAUGAUACAAUCAAUUUACUAGUUGGGUACAAGCGAAAGUUUGAAGGGUGGCAGCCUGAAAUGACAAACGAUAUUAUCAAUGCUCGAGCAGCAGACAAAGUGUGUGUGGAAUUAACAAACAUUAUUAAAAAGAAGAUUAGGCAUGACGAUAGAUCUGCUGCUGACGUCAAGUUACCACCACAAGUACAGCAAAAGAUACAAAGUUAUCACUCGGCAACGAAUGAAAUUCUUCGUCAUUUCUGGUCCUCUUGGGAACCUUACAAAGCAGACAAGAAUCUUCGCAUGAUUGAGGGUUUGAAAAAGCAACAAGAAAAGCUAAAAGAAAUAUUGGUAACUGUUGCAAGCUACGAAGGUGAUCCUGAAAGAUGUAAACAGACUUUGAUGCCUGUCUUACAAGCUGUAGAUAAAGCAUUGGAAACAUCCAAAAAGCGUAAUAAAAAGAAACGCUAA